UUCAUAAUUUUUAAUUUUUUGUAAACUAUACAAUCAAAAGAUCGCAUUUUUUAUAUUAAUAAUGUGUGAGGAACAUCGAACACAAUUCAUGAUAAACGAGAAAAAGAUAUAUAUAAGUUUAAACUGUCAGUUAAUAGAAAAUAAAUCAACAGGUUCUAUUAGAAAAAUUGUUAAAAGACUGUGGAAACAAUUACGAUUUAAUGAGUGGACAUUUACACUACUUCUCUUCACAUUUUCUUUGUCUAUUCUUCUUGGAAAAUUAUCUCUUAAUCACAGACCUUCAAAUAGAUAUAAUUACCUAUUUAAGGCAACUUUUAGUGGCUUAGCUACUAUUGGAAUUACUUGGUUUAUUAUUUAUAAAGAUAGUACUGUGCCUGGUGUCAAUCCACCUUCUCCAUUUAGCCCUAUAAAGAGAAGAUCCAUUGAAUCUCAAUCAUUACAAAUAAAUUAUUUUGUUGGAUUUUUGAAUGGAUUACUUAUAUUUUUUUAUAUGUGUAUUUAA